AUGAAAAAUACUCUGUUGUCACCUGUUGGUUUCUUUACCGCUCUCGCUGUACUUAUAGAAUGCCACCUGUGUGACCGGUGUGUUGCUCAUCAUGGCAGCAGCACUGAUGGAUCAGGCUUACGGCCCCCUCAAGAGGUCGACUCGGCACCACGAACGCCGUCGAUCGCUGUUAAAGAGCUUGCCACGUUUCCUGGAGAUGACAUUCAGACGUCAUCUCAAGAAUUGCCCGGCUAUGAACUUUGGACCAGGGAACAAUCAGGGGCAUCUGUGCGUGUUGGGUUUCCGCAGAACGCCGAAAGUUUUCUGACACAAAGAGAAGCGAGAGACGAAAUCGCGAAUGCUCACGAGCUCGUCGCUGUAACUCCAGAAGGCGAUGCGUGGAAUCACAGUGGUGUUGUCCCCGAGGAGCAGACUGUCACGCCUGCUUCAGGUAGCUUCAUUCAGAGGCAAGCCGCGCAUGCACCGCCUUCGACUCGAUUGACGCCCGUGGACCGCCGUGGCAGGUCACACACAGUGUCAGCUGUCAGACGGCGGGUGACCGUGGAAGACGUUAUGCGACCGGACCAAUCGGCAGCCAUGCAUGCAGUGUUGUCAGCAUUUGGAGGAGGCCUGGUUCUGAAGGCUAAGAACAAAUGGGGUAGAACACGUUACACGCUACAGGGACCCGCAACAUUCUUAGGAAUGGGAGCCGAGGGCAUUGUUGUACGUCUAAAUCAGGUGAAAAGCGACCGGGAAAGAUCGGUGACACCGGUGGCAGUCAAGCUGUGCCUCAUUCGUGCAGCAGUGUUCUCGGGGCUGACAUGGUGGAGAAAACGAAGGACCAGAACAGAACUAAUGAAACUGUUUCUGUCGAACGAGAAUUCUGUGAAGCGUGCUCUACCAGAUUUGGACCCGGCCGAAAUGCUAGAGCACGGUCUCGUCGUUCCACAUCAUGCUGAGCUUGUUUCCGGUAUGCCCACGUGGUUUGCCGCGGGCGACUCAUUUUUUGUAUUACCCGUUGUUUCUGUGUCUCCUCUUUUUACUUGCGACCUCGAAACGGUCGUGCAAAACCCGUUGACCUUUUGGGCGAAGAUGUACAUUACCCGCCAGUUGCUAAAGAGUAUUGCGUGGAUGCAUCAAAAAGGCAUUUCUCAUAAUGACUUGAAGCUUGAGAAUGUCCUGCUCAGUGCAGACGGAAGGGUUGCCAUCGGCGAUUUUGGUUUUUCAAGCCCCUUCGGGGCUUCGUUGCCCAUCAGGGGCACUCAUCUAUACAUGGACCCCGACAGCUCAGAAGCAUUUUUUGAACAACGAGAGAACGAAAUCACUCCCCACAGAGAUGCAUGGGCGACUGGAGUCCUUCUUUUCUAUCUGUGGUGUGGCGUGUUUCCAUUCGGGUUACAGAAUGUCGCUAACGCGAGUCCGCCACAGGUGAUGAGGGUCACAGUCAUGCAUGCAAGGACUACCAGGCCGCCGCCCAACUUCCGGCUGUGUCGGCGCAUCCCGCGUGAGGUUCGGAACCUCGUUACCGGAUUUCUGCAGUGGAACGAGGAAGCUCGGCGUCUUCCCAGCGAUGUUGCCGACGCGUUCCUUGCCGCUACGGACGACGGUGGUAGAGAGGCGCGUCGGAUAAGAACGCAUCAAUUUUGA